GCUUUGUUUUGGCCUCGCUAACGGAACACGACCACAGUAACCGGCCGUUCUAACGACAGUGUUUGAAAGCGGUGAUACAUGUGCAUCUAGUAAACGUCAUCGAAAUAGUGCAUUUAUAACAAAAAAAAAAUAACAAAAGCGGACGUUUGGGAGCACGACACAAACAACCACCGGGGGUGAGAAAAGGUGCGUGGGUCGUGACGCGCAGUCCAACGACAAAAUCGAUAGCGGUGCGUCGCGACGAGUGAAGUGCACCCGUCUGGUUUGUUAAAUGCUUGGUUUUUAACGUGUUUUCCUAUCGAAUUCACGAUGAGCAACGUUAUCGAAGACAUACAGGAGGUGAAGAGCGACGACAAGAAGGACAUUGAAAUGGAGGAACGUGAGAAGAUGUUGAAUGCGGAGAACAAAGCCCAGGAGGAAAAGCCGGCAGAAGCCGGCGAUAGUAUUGAGGAGAAGAAAAAGGAGAUUAAGGAGGGUAUGGAGGUGAAGCCCAAGAAGAUUCCCAUUGGGGGUAUACAGAUGCCGGGGUUCUUCACCAGGAGCAAAUCCAAGGAGAAAUGCAAGGACGAUUCUGAACAAGGCGAAGUGGAAGGAACAGAAUUGAUUAACAAAGAGCAAGAAACAAAGGAAGAGGAACAAGUGCCAAAGAAGAUAAAAUUACCGGCACUAUUUAAGAAGGUCAAAAAAGGCGACGACGAUGGCGAUAAGGCAUCUGAACCAAAACCUAAAAAGACAUUAAUUGAUUCCAUUGUGUCCAAACUUCCUAUUAAGAAAAAGGAUGCAGGUCAACCCUUGGAUCAAUCAGCACAAGCUGGUCUGGCAUCAAUGGAAACUCUGGAUGAGAAGAGCACUGACGGUAAAAGCAAUUCUGAAUUAAAGAACGUUGCUUUAGACGACAAAGACAAGGAUGUAGAAAAACAGGAAUCAGAUGUUCCAGAAACUACUUGGAGGCAAAAACUUGUGACCUACAGGAUUGCAAUAAGUGCCUUGUUAAUUUUCCUUCUCCUGAUAAUCAUUAUUGUCAUAAUUGCCAUCCCUAGCAAGGACUAUCCUAGGUCUCCACCUGUUGUUGAUGGACGGUUUAUUACAACAAUUACAAGUUGUGGACAUGUUGAAGGUUUACUAGAGGACAGUGCUUUUGCCUUCCGUGGUAUUCCAUACGCCCGUCCACCAGUCGGUGAUCUCCGUUUCAAGUUCGCUCAACCUCUAAACAGACAGGAAUAUUGCUACAAUGGAACUUUUCUCGCCCACAACGCAACUGAACACUGCCUUCAAAUUCACAGCAACGGAACAGUAACAGGAGUCGAAGACUGUCUAACAUUAGAUGUAGUCACCCCUAAAGUCCGCUAUGACAACCCACUCCCUGUUAUUGUACUUAUUGGGGCUGAAAGUCUUAUGGGCGGAUCACCUGGUAAAAUGAGACCUUCCGCGAGGUAUUCCAGGUCUAAGGAUGUUGUGUUUGUAAGACCAAAUUUCAGAUUAGGAGCACUUGGAUUCUUGGCAGUUGAAGAACUCACUAACUCGAACAGUCCAAAAUCGUCAGGCAAUUAUGGAUUGUCCGACAUUUUGGAGGCCUUGAAAUGGGUCCAACUGAAUAUUGUUCAUUUUGGUGGUGAUAAUAGUUCCGUUACCUUGUUUGGCCACAAAGCUGGAGCCUCUCUUGUGACUGCACUUGCAACAACUAAAGAUGCGAAGAAAUAUUUUGCUAGGGCUUGGGCCACAUCAGGAGGUGCAAUUUAUCCUACUAAAAGCUUGGGAGAAUCUGAACAAGAAAAUAAAAGUUUCUUGGAAGCCGUGAACUGUAAAGACGUCGAAUGUUUAAGGGCUUUGGAUGCUGAAAAAUUGGUAACUGCAGUUGAAGAUACUUGGAGGAAGCCUCAGCCUGAUUUGCCAACUAGCACUGAGGAUCCGAGUAAAAGACAUGAAUGGCUUGUUAUGGAUGGUGUCAUUCUUAGAGAACAUCCUGCUGUAGUUUGGAGCAGGGAGGAAGAUCUACCUGUCAAGUUGGUUCUAGGCACAACAGCGCAUUCUGGAGCCUCAGACAAACUUUUAAUGAAACACACAAACUGGACCGAAGAUUUGGUGAAGAAACAUAUUGCUGAUUCGUUCUUGGGGGCUAAAAAUUUGAGUGAAAGAGCGUUGUCUUUAUAUUCGUCGAAUUAUCAAGGACUUAGUGCAAUGAUUUCGGAUAUACGUACAGUAUGUCCUUUAUAUGAAAUUUCGACCAAAAUGCACAAAGUACCGUUUUAUGUGGUAACGCAGCCGAGAGGACUUCAAAACAUCUCAGAUGUUGAUUCAGAUAUUGAUGCUAUUUUGGGUAGAUAUGAGCCAAAAACUCCAGAGCAGCGUCGUUAUGUUUCGGCCAUGCAAGGAUUAUUUUACCAUUAUGUUUGGCAUGGUUCCAUUGAGCAUGGUACUUCACCAGGGAAUAAAGUUUUGAUUGUUGGGCAAGAUGUUUUGCCCAAUGCUACGUAUACGCACUGUGAAUUUUGGAUAACAAAAAAUAUUGCGUUACCAUAUGCAGCUUUAGAUUAAAUUUAGAAUGAAACAUACUUAUUUGCUCUCUAUUCUUGCCUCCUUGCAAUGUUUUUAUAAUUAUUUAUUUAAAAAUUGGGGAUUUGUGAGAAGUCAAAGGAUAUACCAAACCUUGUUGUUAUCUAAAUGUUAAACUAGAAAUUCUUGUUCUGAAAACUUCAACGAACUUUUAUAAUUUACACACAAAAUCGUAUCGACAACAUUCUGACAGUUCACCUAUUUCAGGUUUAUUUUUUCAAAAGAAGACUGACUAACUCUGGAUUUUAAUAUAUUUGACAAAAAAUCAGGUUUGGAGGCCUGCAAAUACUAAAUGCCAAAUUUUACAAUGUAUAUUCUUUGAAUAAGUAAAUGUUAGAUAAGUAACCCUAUGAUAUUUGAAGACUGGAUGGCUGUUUUUGCAAACAAUGAGAUAUUUUGAAAAAAUUUCGCAUAUCGUUUAUGUGUAGGCCUAAUUUUGGAGGUUUUCAUAAUAAAGUUGACAAAUAUCACGUAAUGAAAUAACUUUGAUAGGUUUAUCAAUGAUUUGAAAUAAAUGAAUAUACUGGGUGAUAUUUGUACAACUUUUCAUGGAACAUCUCCUGUACGUCUUUGACGAUUUAUUUAUGAUCUCUUAAGGUACCAUAAAGAAAACAUUCUUUAUAUAAAUGUAAGAUUUAUUUAAAAUAUUUAUUUACACUUAAAACACGUUUUAUACUUUUAUAUUGCCGUUUGUAAGAUCAAAACUUGAGCCGUAGCAUAUAUACAACAUAAAAUAUUUAUAAGCUUACUGUAAUGUAUCAUGUACCACAGUCCAUACCUAUAUAAAAUAUAUUUGUGAAACUAUUUAUAUAAAACUUUUUAGUAAGGUGUUAUACAUAUUGUAUUUUAAUAAUUUUACAUGAUGUAAUUUUAAUGUACAGUUACUAUUAAUUUUAAUAAACUCAUUUUAAGUAA